AUGACUCGCCGAUGGGCGGAAUUUACCGCCGAGCUCCAGGCCAUCUCCACCUUCACCUUACCGCGCUGGAUCGGAGUUGGGCCUUCUUCCGAGCUUCACCUGCACGGCUUUUCGGACGCCAGUCGCCGCGCGAUGGCAGCCGUCAUCUACUCUCGCCUCGCGCCCGGGGCUGGGCCGGCGCUCUGCCACAUUCUUCUGGCUCGGACGAAGCUCUCGCCGAUUCGCUCGCUCAAGCCGGCGCCAGAGACAUCCGCGCGCAUGACGAUUCCGCGCCUCGAGCUCCGCGCCGCACUGAUUGCCGCCAAGCUCCUGCGGACCGCUGCCGACGAGCUACGCGUACCUGUCGACCGCUGUCACGCAUGGUGCGACUCACAGAUCGUUCUGCACUGGCUGCGUUCCGACAGGCCAACCAACAACGUGCUGAUCGACAACUAUGUCGCCCAAAUCCAGGAAAUGCUGCCUUCGAGUGUCUGGCGAUACGUGCCGACCCAGUCAAAUCCAGCCGACCUCGCGACCAGAGGUGCCGACAUGACCGGCCUUCGCUCGCAGCGCACUUGGUGGGAGGGCCCCGCUUGGCUCGCCGAGGACGUCGACUCGUGGCCCCUAGACCCGCUCCCCGCACCGAACCAGCAUUCAUCCAUCUGCUGCGUAGUGCAGCAGCUCGACGCCAGCUACCUCGAGCAAUUCUCCAACUUACGCAUGCUACUAAGCUUCCUCGUACGCAUUCGUCGAUUCGUCCGGAGCCGCUUGGGCAGGGGCCCCGUGCUUACGGUCGCUUCACCUCUUACGCCAAACGAACUCCACGACGCUUUUCUCGCAUGUGUACGCCUCAGCCAGGAGAGAUCAUUUUCGGACGACCUCCAGUGUCUUCGACAAGGCGAACGUCUGCGGAAGACGAACCCCUUGGUACCGUUAGCAGCCUUCCUCGAUGACGACGGGAUUCUGCGCGUCGGCGGGCGGCUAGAGCAUUCACCGCUGACCUACGAGGAGCGGCACCCGCCAAUUCUCAGCGGCGCCUCUUCCCUCGCUUCCAUGGUCAUCGUCUGGGCGUACUCUCGGGCGUUGCAUGGUGGAUACCGUGUCACCAGUGCCUACGUCUGUAAGCGCGCUUGGCUCCUCGGUGGGCCCCGGCGGAUCAAGGCUCACCUCCGCAGGUGCAUCGUCUGCAUCCGGCUGCGAGCGGGACCGGCGACACAACUCAUGGCCCCACUGCCGUCGUCUCGAGUCUCCCCUUCUCGUGCCUUUGCCUGCACUGGAGUAGACUACGCCGGCCCUUUUCAUGUACUCUCCGCCAGAGGACGAGGAGUCCGGACCACGAAAGGCUAUAUCGCCGUUUUUGUGUGCCUCGCCACCAAGGCCCUGCACCUGGAGCUGGUCGGCGAUCUCUCGGCUGCGUCCUUCUUGGGCGCCCUCCACCGAUUCGCUGGACGCCGCGGUCGGCCCGGUGAGAUCUGGAGCGACAACGCGACUUGCUUCCGCCGCGCUGAUGUUGAGCUGCGCGAUGCCUUGCUGACAGCCNACCAGUAA